AUGUCUGGUCUGGGCAAAGGCGGCAAAGGACUCGGAAAGUGGGGCGCCAAGCACCAUCGGACGGUGCUUCUCGAUAACAUUCAAGGUAUUACCAAGCCGGCUAUUCGUCAUUUAGCUCGUUGUGGCAGCGUCAAGCGUAUUUCUGGGUUGAUCUAUGAAGAGACUCGUGGCGAGCUCAAACUUUUUGUUGAAAAUGUGAUCCGUGAUGCUGUCACCUACACUGAACAUGCAAAGCUGAAGACUGUGACUGCCAUGGACAUGGUUUACACUCUAAAACUCCAUGGCCGCACUCUGUACAGAUUCGGGGAUUAA